AGUUGAGAAACACAUUGGCAACCUUCUCAUUCAAGAUGGCAGCGCACAAUAAGCUGUUAUGUGCUUUUCUCCUCUCUUUGUUUACAUGGGGUGUAUAUGAUGUUCUGGUUAACGUUGAGCAAAAUAACUGUUCAAUGACAUACAUGUUUCAAAAUCCAGUAUAUCUGCCUGUACCUGGGAUGAAGAAUGAGGUCAAAGUUGCCUUCCCACGCUACUCAUUAUACCUGUAUGGAGAAGGAGAGUAUGCUCAACAAUCUAGGAAUAUGAAACUUAAGGGUGUGCCAGUUCUAUUUAUACCAGGAAAUGCAGGAAGUUACAAGCAAGUGCGUUCACUUGGCUCAGUGGCUCUGCGUAAAGCAGCACGAUACAGCUUUCAUUUUAACUAUUUUUCGGUGGAUCUUGAUGGAGAGCUGGCCGGGAUGUAUGGCGGAUUCCUACAAGAUCAAACAGAAUAUGUAGCCCAUUGUAUUGAACAUAUACUAAGCUUGUAUCAACACUUAAAGAACCCACCAACAAAUGUUAUUAUAGUUGGUCAUUCAAUGGGUGGAUUGGUUGCCAGGGCGCUGUUUUUGACGCCCAAUUUCAACCCAAAGCUUGUAAGCACUAUCAUUACCCAGGCUACACCUCAUGACAGCCCUGUGGUCAAAGCCGAUAAGGAUCUGGAUAAGUUUCAAUUAUCUGUAAAUAAGUUCUGGAGGGAGCACUGGAACAGCAGCAGCCUGGAAGAUGUUGUGCUUGUGUCUGUUGGAGGUGGUUUCCGUGACAACUUAGUCCGAUCUGGUCUAACAACAUUGGCCGAUGUCUUCCAUUCAAGUCGUAGUCUGUCGGUAGUCACAAGUGCGAUUCCAAAUGUUUGGCUGUCUACUGACCACCUCUGUGUUGUAUGGUGUAAGGAAUUAGUUCUGGCAACCAAAAGAGCUAUGUUUGAUAUGGUUGACAAGAAGACAAAACAGAUAUCAUCUGAACCUGCUCAACGAAUGAAGAUGCUCAAGAAGCAUUUGUCAAGCAAUAACAAUUAUCAAGGCACAGACAAGAAUAUUCAAUUUAAAGCAAGCGAUAAGUUCAAAGUUGUCGAUGAUGGUGUUUUACAACUUGAUGGCCCUGUUGCCAAGGAAACAAUUCACUACCUCUUUCCGCUAAAAGAUACCAUAGAGGAAGCGGACCAUUUCAUUGCGGUUGGGAACAUACAAAGCUUGGAUUGGGUGUCUGUCUGCGUGAAGGUUGAUAAGGAUCGAUGCACCGAAGCAAUCAGCCUGAAAUCAUAUAACCAAAUGCUGCCACCUAGGAACAUGGGUAUGAAGAAGAUACUGUUGGCUACCAUCGGCUUAAAAGAUGCUAUGUACCUUGUUCUUCAAGUACCAAAGGGUAAAAAGGCCUUUGUAUCCGCUGAGCUUUAUAAUAGUGAAACGUAUGCUGUUCAGUGCCUCUUGCCUGGUUUCUUUUCAUUAGCUCCACAGAUUUGCCUGAAUGAAACUGUAGAGGGCAGCAGCUUCCACCGAGUUUACUUGGAUGAGAUCUACACACCAGGAGUUGCCUACAAGGCCAACUUAGAAGUCCUCUCAUGUGAUAGUGCAAUAGAUAAUAAUCUAAACAGUACACUGCAUUUUCACGUUCCUUGGAGUUCGGAAGAUUCAUAUUCAGUUCAACCAGCUGAAGAAAACAAUGAAAUAUCGCUGAAACUAAUAAAUGGUCGACCAGCAGAUGAUGAGCGAAAGUCGGAGUUGUUUGUGCACAUAAAUCCAAAAUGCCAGUAUCGACUUAGUGUCCAAUAUUCUCAUCAAGAAGGAUUUGGCCAGCUUGUUAGAUUUCACUCCACAUGUCUCCCCUGCUUCAUCACAGUCAUAGUUAUUCUCGUUCUCUCUUAUCAACUCAAACAACUCCGGACAAAUGAACCUCUGCAUGAUUUUAUAUGGAUUCAGUCUUCGUAUUGUAAGCCGUUUGUCGUUGCACCGUUCGUAUCAAUAAUCCGGGCAGCCAUUAGAUGGGAACCACUGACAAGUACAUAUGAUAUAACUGAAAUGGAGCGAAAAAAUAUAUUUUUUGGAACUUUACCAAUUGUUAUGUUUUUAUUUGCCUACGCAAUGGUUUGUUUAGGUGCACAGUUAAUGUUGUAUAAAACAAAGUGUUUAGGACAUUUGUACUUCUUUUUAUCAAGAACCCCAAUAUCAAAUCCAGCUGAGCCAGCCACUCUUCAGGCCGGUAUUCCUUGGAUGUUGUACAGUUGUGUAGGUGUUUUAAUUGCUUUGGCUGCCAGUGUUAGUGGUACCCUUUCUUUGAUUCUAGCCCUCUGUAUGAGUAUAGCCCACGUUUCCAAGAAAUAUACAAACGUCAUAUGUAUCCGAAACUGCAUGAAUUUGACACAAAGUAGUUCAGACCUAUGUAAUGGCACAAACCUGCCAUCGACCGAGGAAGACCAAAGUGAAAGUGAAACUGAAGAACCAAAGGACGACAAUGGUUCAGACGACGAUGCUGAUAAAGAAUCAAAAACUAAAACAGAACGGAAGGCAACUCCUUUAGAUAUCGCUGAAGAUGUUUACAACUAUCAUUUUACUUUGAUGAUGCUUUUACUAUGUAUGGUAGUGAUUAAUAUGCCAUCCCUAAUAGUUUGGGCAAAUCAUCUAAAGUAUGCUUACUCACUACCAACUGAUCCUGCGAGGUUCACUUCGCUUGCAGUGUGCUCAGCAUUUGCGAUUCUUAUUGAUCCGAAUAAGUCCCUACCAACUAAUAUAGGCUUUGCUAAGUUCGCAUCUCGGUUGAUCUAUAUCUUCACCAUAGCAAUGGUUCUCUAUGCAAUCGAGUCCAUGUAUCGCCUGUCGUAUUUCGUGGCGGCAACGUUUGUAAUAGCAGCUGUAAUUCAACUGUAAUUUCCGUGAUUUUAGUGAUUCAUUUAGUUUCAUAUUUUAACUGAAUUUUUGGGAAAUUGUACAUUUUAAUAUUAAUUGUUUGUUUCUAUAUUGGUAGUUUUGUACUAAUAAAUCUUUUCAGGGUGUCAAUCAAACUUAACAACUAUCCAAUCAGAAAGUAUCAUUUAAUGAUCAGGAAUCUUACGUGUCUCACAAACACGCAACGUUACGUACUUGUACGCUUUUUAAAGUCCAUAGCUUAACAAGCAUCCAAAACGUGGGGGGUAGCAGAAAGAUAAUAUUAAUACGCCCCUCCCCUUGGAUAUUGUUGCUAAGGCCCCACAAAACAACAGGUUCAAACAUACGCUAACACGUGCGUUUGUGGGACAACACAUGUGCUGUUAGACGCGCGUGUAUUCCUGGCCCUGUUCUGAUUGGUCGGUUGUUCUGAGUGAUUGACGUUCCGGAAAUGUCGAUUAUCAUACCACUGAUUUUUGUUUAGAUGUUGAUAAAAUAAUGUCUUUAUUAAGGUAAUAAAAUUAACAACCAAAUUAAACUUAUAAAGUUGCUUUAUAAGUUAUUAAUUAAUGAGUUUUAUACGAUGAGUAAUUCGGAAAGAUAUGCUAAUAAACUAUGCCGUAUGGUAUUACUUA